AGCGUGAAUCUGGUUGUGGCAGCCACUUCGAAGGAGGAUUACUCUUGGGUCAAAGACUUGAAAGUCCCUGGAAUGACAGUUGUGCCAUAUAUUGCAGAUAAUAACACUGCGCCACAUCAUGCUGUCAAAAAUAAGGGCCAUGAAGCGAUGAUGUAUCAUCAGUAUUUCUACGAUUUCUACGACAAUCUGCCGGACAUUUCUAUUCUUAUACAUUCGCAGGCUCUCUCGUGGCAUGUGGAGCAAUUGCUUGAUCAAAGCAUGAUCUUCUCAAUCAACCACCUCGACCUCCGCGAAGUCCAACGCCGCCAAUUCGUCAACCUACGAGUGACAUGGGGUAUCGGAUGCAGCACGCUCUCCAUAAACACCACAAAAGUAACCGAAGAAUCCGGCAACCAGCCCGAGCAGAAAGAAAUGCAAGAAGCCUUUCGCGCGAACUUUAACAUCUACGAUAUCCCCGAGAUCCUGGCGACCCCCUGCUGUUCCCAGAUCGCCGUCACGAAAGAGAAAAUCUUGUCUGUGCCCAGGGAGCAAUUCCAGCAUCAUAUCAAUUGGUUGAUCAAUACGCGUUUACCGGAUAGUAUUAGUGGAAGAACGUGGGAGCAUAUGUGGCAGUAUCUGUUCAUGCAGAAAGCGAUUGAUUGUCCACUGGAGCAUAAAGCGUAUUGUCGGCUUUAUCAUAUCUGUUUUGGGGGCAGGGAAGAGUAUGAUGAGUGGAUUGAACUCAUGCAAGGGCGCGAAAGACUC